AUGCACAGAUUGCCACCUUUGAUAACAGACGACUCACAUAAUACUGACGCAAUUGUUACUCAAUUCAACGGUACAAGUGAAAAUCAAGAGACAAUAAAACUUGAUAAUAAGUCUCAGGAGGAUUCUAAUUAUAAUUGCAAUCAAUCUGCUAGCAAUGAGGUGCUAUCUCACCUCAAUAAAAAUAAUGAGACUGUUCAAUUAUUUAAUGGAAGCGAUUGCACUGAAGAUAAAUCUGGGAAUCAGUUGAAUUCUGUACCAACUUCACAAAAUAACCUUAAGCAAAACAAACACGAAAUACCGGAUAGUAAUACUUUACUGAAAUAUGUUUACAAACAAGAACAUAAGGUGAAGGAACCUAAAAAGCCAAACGGUGUUGCCGCCAACCGUUUAAGACGUCGAAAGCGAAUGAUAACUGGUAUAAAUAAAAAUGAACUCGUCAACAAUAAUAAAAAACCUCCCCUCAUAGUAAAUUAUGAAACUUCUCAUGGCACCAAAAAUAUCGAAACAACUUUACCAGCUCGUCUCACCGAAAAAACCAUUCAACCAAAAAAUUUGGCAGAUUUUAAUAUAGAAACAUUGCAUGAAAAUAAAAAUAACAUGAAAGAGGAUUUAUUGAAAACAAACAUUGAUCUGAAUAACAAACCACGCAUUUUUAGUCCUAGCGUGAAUCAAAGAGGAAACAAUCGUUACAAAGGUCCUUAUUUAACUACAAAUCAACCACUACACACUAAAGGAAAUGAACAAAAUAAAGAUUACAGUAAAAAUCAACAGGCAAGUAGUGAAUUAGAUGAAUCUCGGGAAAAAAAUGAAGACUAUGAAGAUGAUGAUGAUGAUGAAGACGGUGAAUCGAAUGAAAAAAAUAAAAAAGAGAAAUACGAAGAUUUAUCGGAAUCAUCAGAAAAUACUAAUAAUCAGUAUAAUCAUGAAAGUGGUGCUAAUUCAGACGAAAGUAAAGAACAUACUGAAAGCGAUGAAAUAAAGUCGAAAUCCGUUAAACCUCUUGACGAGAGUCGUGAGAGUGACGAAGACAAUUCCAAGGAAUAUCCAGGUAAAAAAAUACAAGAAUUCUACGAUGGCCGUGAUUAUAAAAAAUUGCAACUUAAACAUCCAAAAUCCCCUAACUCGAGUGAACAAAGUAAUGAGACUACAGAAUCAAAUGAGCAAUUACCAAAUCGAGAUAACGCAGAAACAAAAGUGAAAUUAAAUAACAAUGCGAAGAUACCUCUGCAAGAUGUCCAUUUGGAUGAUUUCAGCUAUGAAAGAAUUCAAGUAAACAAAAAAGGUGAAGUAGAAGUUCUCGAAGAUAAUGUAGAAAAUUUAGAACGUGACGACCAUUCCAAACCAAAUUCUUCAAAGCCUUUAGUAAAAAUAAGUAAAUACGAUGCAUCUAGUUCAGCAGAAGAUGUAUCAUCUAGUAUUGAAACGAAUCACGAAAAUAACGUGCAAAUUAAAAUAAAUGAUGGAGAAAUUAAGCCUGUUGUGGAAAUUAACCCUGAAAAUGAAAGUAUCGAACUAAUUGAAAACAACAUGAAAAAACCCUUAAAGGCAUUGCUUGGUGGUAAUGACGAGAGCUUAGAAACAAUGCUUGAAAUAAAUAAAGAUACUAAUGAUAAAAUAAUUGUGAACAAAGAAACUGAAGACAAUGAGGAGGCUAAGCAACAAUUUGAGAGGAUUCCUUUGGAUUAUAAGCACGACGACAACAGAAAGGAACCAAAAUCUGAAGAGACUGAAAAAUUAGAUGAUAAUGAGGGUACCCUUGAUACAUUUUCUCCUAUUGAAAACUACGACGAAAAUUUAAACAUUAAAUUUGACGAUGUUUCAAUUAAAUUACCAGAAAUAAAAUUACCCGAUGAUAUUUUAACUUAUACACAAGAACCUGUCUACGAUUAUGGAAAGCAAAAGGAUGCGGAAAAAGGAAAGUUUUACCAAUUCAAUGACGAUCAGUAUAGUGACGAAAACGAAAAAGAUACUCCCAAAGAGGAUAAUACCGAUUACCCUAACUAUUACGGAUAUUAUGACGAACAAAACAAAAAGCAAAACUAUAAAAAAAAAGAUAAUACUGAAGAUGCUGAAGAAAAUUAUGAUGACGAUGACUUAUAUGAAAAAUUUGUUCGAGAGAGAUUUGGUAAACGAGGAUCAUUUGAAAAACGAGCUGAAAAAUUACAAGACUCUAAAAGCAAGUCGUUUUAUAAUCCGAAAUUGUACGAAACCAUUCAGAAUAUUCUAAAAAAAACUGAAAAUAUAGAAAAAAAUGCACAACAAAGUAAAGAUCCGAAGGCGGGUUACAUGUGGACCCUAGAAUAUGGCGAAAACGCGUAG